UUUCCUGUCCUCCCCUCCCCCUUCAUCUUCUCUACCUUAUCUGCAGUUUGUACUCUGCUCUUCUAGCCACUUACACGCCAUUACCGCACGAGAGGGAUGUGUUCAAAGCUUUCACUGCAAACCUGAUGCUGUUGUGGGAACUGUCACUCCUCGGGUCAUGUGUGCAUGAUAACUGGUCCUAAGUGGAUGUUGUGUCAUCGCACCAGUUGUUGGCAGCCCUGUACGUGGUGCUGUGAUAUGAUAUGCCGUGGCACCGUGAGCUUCCCCGAGAAUAAGCCAGAUUCUGACCUGCUACUCUUACUGGGUACGAUGUGACUACUCAGGACUCCAGCCACCAUCCACCACUCCCUGAUCUCCUGUAGCUGCCCUUCACUGGUGCUAAAACCGAUUUCUGCUGCUGGUGCCUCUCACUGCCCCCAGAAGUACCACUGUUGCUUCUUUCAGGUUCACGAUGGUAACGGCGCUCAUCUCAGGUCUGACUCAGGGCCUCCCGAACAACGUCUUCCCUCAAUGGAGCCCCAAACCCUCCCCCAGCAUCUCCAGACGCUUCGUCUACCUUGACGACCCACAAGUGAAGCACCUCUUUAUGAAGUUUUCCUGCAUGGACGAGGAGCUGGGCCGCGUCGUCAUCAAGGUACAGGAGGAAGCGGGCCAGGCUGCAGUGGAGUUUGAAAGUCUAGUGACGGGACAAGAGGGGUUUGGCUACAAGGGUUCCCGCGUGUAUGCCUGCUGCAAGGACGAGUGGUGCCUGUUGGGGGACUUGCUGUACCAAGAACCGCAAGUGCAAAAGCCCCAGAAUACUGAAUGGGACCCGCGCAUGCCUGAGGGCCGCAAGGAAGAGGAAGACGAAGGAGGCGAAGGUCCUGUGCACCGUCAGUUGUACCGCGGAAGCCGGAGAGUAGUUAGGGCACAGGUCACCAAGCAGCAGAACAUGCGGGGAGCAGUGGUGGCGGUGACCACUGACUACGACAUGCAGACCCAUACCUGGGCAGUCGGCCCCCAGCUGAAGAUCUGCCUCAGCGAUAGUGUGUUCAGGUCUGGCCGCGUGGUGGGAAUCGUGACGGAGGGGAUGGAGGUGGCGCAGCAGCUGUCUCGUAUGGGCGGCAGGAACUACGAGCCUGAGGACAGGAUCACCAUUAGUGACUGUGGAGCACUGUGACUUCACCAGGAUCCCUCACUCUGACCCACGCUCAUCGAUUCCUCCUGGCCAUGUCACCACCAAGCCUCGCGAGUCACGGGCCCACACUGCUGCCCUCAUUCAUGUGCACCUUAAGUGCUUACACCAGACACUCCUGGUACCCCUCCACCAUGGCUCUCAUUAACUGCACGUGUGUGUGUGUGUGUGUGUGUGUGUGUGUGUGUGUGUGUGUGUGGACGUCACUCACGUAGCCUAAUAGAAUUUUUUAUAGCAUCAUAAUGCACCAACAUAUCAUUAUUCAAGAGCCAUUUGUCCAAACAGUGAAGCAUAAAAAUAUAUAUUCCCGCUUUCCUGCUGAAAAUAAAGCACAGGCACGGAACUAUU